CUGCUCGGUCCGAUAAACUACUGACUAAGAGACUCAAUAUACCUUCGCGUGAGAAGGAAAAAAAUCCACAUCUUCAUAUAAGUGCUCCUCGUAUAAUUGGCGGUUGUCAGAGUGAUGGGAUUACGAGACCUCCUCCUAUAAGUGACGGUUGUGGGUCUCUGAAAAGAUCUU